GUGAACGGAUCCCGGCUGGUCCAGAUCCGCGUUUUUCCCGCCAAUCGCAACACCACGCUCAACCGCUUGUAUCACAUUCAUGCCUUCCGGCAACCCUGCCCUCCACAGAGGGCCUUCUACGCCCCCGAUGUGCGACUCUGUGCCAUGACCUGCAACGACGG